AUGUCUACACAGUUCACUCCCUCCAAGCAGGCUGCUUCCUCUCUUGAGAACCUCAAGAUGAAUGACUCGCCCGUCAAGAAGCUCGACUUCGAAUCUGUUGGCAAGGAGAACGUGCCUUCGUCCACUCCCGCCGUCGACGUGACCGCCACCAAGCCUGUGGCGGAACAGCCUACCGAAACCUCGAUUGUUGCUGCUAUCAAGGAGAUGGAGGCUCAGGAACCUUUGCUUCAAGAAAACCCCAACCGUUUCGUCCUCUUCCCAAUCAAGUACCAUGAGAUCUGGCAAAUGUACAAGAAGGCCGAGGCCUCCUUCUGGACCGCCGAAGAAAUUGAUCUGUCGAAGGAUCUGCACGACUGGAACAACCGCCUGAACGAGGAUGAGCGUUACUUCAUCUCUCACGUUCUUGCCUUCUUCGCCGCCUCGGACGGCAUUGUCAACGAGAACCUACUAGAGCGCUUCAGCGGAGAGGUGCAGGUUCCCGAGGCUCGCUGUUUCUAUGGAUUCCAGAUCAUGAUUGAGAACAUCCACUCGGAAACCUACUCUCUUUUGAUCGACACCUACAUCAAGGAGCCCAAGCAGCGCACCUACCUCUUCGAUGCUAUUGAUACCAUUCCCUGCAUCAAAAGGAAGGCCGAAUGGGCCAUCCGAUGGAUUAAUGACCAGCAGUCGACCUUCGGCUCUCGUCUCGUCGCUUUCGCCGCCGUUGAGGGUAUCUUCUUCUCUGGAUCCUUCGCCUCCAUCUUCUGGCUGAAGAAGCGUGGCCUGAUGCCUGGUCUCACUUUCUCCAACGAGCUGAUCUCUCGUGACGAGGGUCUCCACACUGACUUCGCCUGCUUGUUGUUUUCUCACCUCAACAACCGCCCCAGCAAGCAGGUUGUGGAGGACAUUAUCGUCGAGGCUGUCUCUAUUGAGAAGGAGUUCUUGACCGACGCCCUUCCCUGCGCCCUUCUUGGCAUGAACUCCAACCUGAUGUGCCAGUACAUCGAGUUCGUGGCUGACCGUCUCCUGGUGGCCCUCGGCAACUCGAAGUACUUCAACGCCACCAACCCCUUCGACUUCAUGGAGUCGAUCUCCCUGGCUGGCAAGACCAACUUCUUCGAGAAGCGUGUUGGUGACUACCAGAAGGCCGGUGUGAUGGCAAGCACCAAGAAGGAUGCCGCCCAGGACGAGACCAAGACCGGUAACGGUGGUCUCUCGUUCGACGAGGACUUUUAG